AUAUUAAAUUAAUAUUGAUUUGAUACAUAAUACAAAUCUAUCUGCGCGUUCAGAUCAAGUUAAUAUAAAUUCAAAAAUGUGUGAAAAACCAUCUCCAUUCCCAAAAAACGUAAAUAUAAUUUUUUAUUUUUUGACAUAACAAUAGAUUUAACUGAUAUUAAUUAAUUUGUAUCAUCCUAUUUUUGAUAUGAAAGCCGGUUUAUAUAUUCGAAAAAAAAUACGCAGAUUGAUGCAAGGAAAUGAUCGAUUGAAGGCUCUGUACGUUCAUCGCAAGUGAUUUUCUCAUGUCAGCUCGCGCAAUCGCAAUUGCAUCUGUUGGUUUAUACUAUAUAUACAGGGUGUCCCAGAGCAUCUGUGACAACGUACGUCUCGUGGUCCAGCUGCGCGAUAGCCGCGUGCUCAAUCGUUCGCCAAUCUUUUUUAAUUAAUAUCUCAAUAAUUAUUGCGAAAAUUGCAAAAUGGUAAAGGACUUUUCCGUUCAGUUUACUGUCCUCUAUCUGUACACGAGCGUUGUCACAGAUGCUCUGGGACACUCUGUACAUGUGCUUGUUGAAGCGGAGGUGGAAGCGGAUAAGAAUAGACGCACAAACACAGGCGCGAAUAAAGGUGGCUGAGAGAGAACAAGCGCCAAUCAUACGCACGAGCGUACGAUGCGUUGGCACAUCCACGAGAAGAGGUGCAGCUCGUCAUUCGUAGCUCUGUCGAGUAAAGUUUUGCGUGACUGCUUCGGACAGCAUGUCAUCUCUGUCCGACAACAUCCAUGUCCUGGCCAGGCAAGAGGCGUUUAAGGACUUCUCCUAUUUCGACGAGGAAACCGUGUCCGCGAAUGUCGACAAACCGAUUCCACUGCAACCUUUAAAGCCGACAUCUUCCAUCAUUCUCACCGGAUACAUUCCUGAAAAUGCAUCGAGGUUUUCGGUGAAUUUAACAUGCAAGACAUCUGGAAAUAUUGCUCUGCAUUUUAAUCCACGACUGGAUAGGGGUUAUAUCGUCAGAAACACGAAAGUACGUGGAUCCUGGGGAGAUGAAGAGACUUGUUCGCCUGCCGGUUCAAGCGGAUGCAUUUUCCGCCGAAAUACCUACAUGCAUCUUAUGAUUUUCUGCACAAAUGAUGCGUUUCAGAUUGCGGUGAAUGGAGAGCACUUCUGUUCCUUUUGCUAUAGAUUACCCCUCGCAGAUAUAAUGGCCUUAGAAGUUAAUGGCACUAUCGAGGAUAUCAGAACUCGGCAACUUAAUUUAUUUGUCUAUCCAGAUCCUAACAUUUGCCGGCCGUCCCGAACAUUGAUUCUAACAACUGAAGAACCGCUCGUGGAUUUUCUAGACGUUCCCAUCACUGUGGGUAUUGGUAGUGAAUUUCGCGUCGGUGCUAGUUUAUUCAUCGUUGGAAGAUUGAAGCUACUUCCGCACUCAUUUUACGUGAAUCUGCAGAGGGGCAAAACCAUUUAUCCUCAUCCCCUUAUACCGCUGCAUUUAAAUCCACGUUUUUUAUACGGCACUAGCGCGCCGUACGUGGUCAUGAAUUGCUGGAACAAUGGUACGUGGGAUCACGAAGAGCGACAUCAAGGUCAUUUAUCCUGGAUGCCCGGCCGAGAUUUCUUGCUUACAUUCGUGUUUGCUUUAAUAGCAUUCGAUGCGAGUACGAAGGAUACACAAUAUGGCUGGGUAGUAAGAUGAUUGGCGAAUUUAAGCACAGAUUGCAAUCAACAAUUGUGGACACUCUACGAAUAUCUGGCGAUGUCGUGCUUUAUCAACUCAGUAUGAAUUGAUUGGGUCUGACCGGACUACUAACUGCAGACUAUGUGAAAAAUGAUAAUAAUUAUAUGUUAGAGCGCGGAAAUUGAAUUUCACGUUCGAGCCUUUUCAGUGAUCGCGACAUAUGCGAUGCCGAUGUAUUUUCGAUAUAAUACUAAGGUGUUUUCACAUACUUUUCCUGGUACAUCAUAUUUAUACAUAC